UCCACUCUUCUCUCCACUCUUCUCUCCACUCUUCUCAUCAUCACCCCCCUUUUCACCAUAUCUACUAUAAUACUCCUCCAUCACACACUUAUAAAUCUUAAACACGUCCUUCUCAACCACACCCUCCCUAUCCACACUCACCCUACCCCUACACUCAUCAACCAACCAUCCCACCACCAUUCGAUCAUACGCCCUCACCACCCCGUAGCACAAAACACUUCCGCUCACUCCCAACGCCUUCACAUACACACCGAACCGCCAUUCGUUGCUCAUCUGCCUCAGGCUCUUAACACUCAACCGCGCAUCAUUGUUGCACAUGUAUUCACAGAAUAUGGCACUGUUAUCGUGUUUACCUAUUACCGCCUUUUUUGGUGCUGUUUGUGAGGGGUAGAACGCUUCAUCAGAGUACUUCGGAAGCUUUUUGCCGAGUAGAAUGCGGUUGAACAUGGGAUGACCGUUCCUUUUGGUUUUUUGUUUUCUUUUUUGGUGAUGAUUUGUUUUUAUUGGACAGGACGGGGGUGAUGGAUUGGACAGGACAGGGGUGAUGGAUUGGAUAUGAACAUGGCGUGAUGGAUGGAUAAGGUUGGUGAUAAAAAUAGGAUGAGGGAUCGAACAGCACAAUAUUAACGAUGAGAAUGGUGUGUAAUGCGUAGAUUAGCACGUUUCAUGGGUAUAGAUUAGAUCGUAUGAAACGUGCUGAUCUACUGCUCUGUCUUACAGUGCACAAUCUAUGCAUCGUUGCAUGAGCGCUCUUCUCCUGCAAGCGCUUGCCCUUCAGCACGAACCGAGCAAUCCCUUACCCCUGAUCCGCUCAACGCCCCCCGUGCCUCCACACCAAGCAGCACGCGUUCAAUCAUGGGCAUGGUGCAGAUGCACCGCUUCCCGGCACGUGAAACGGUGCGUAUCAAAUUAUAAAAGUAGCGGAACUAAAAUGCAAAUGCUGAUAAACCAUACGAAGGUGUACCGAACAAUGAGGGACAGAACGGUACGUGCUGUUUAUGGUGCAUGGAGAGGUGAUGGGAGGUGCUUAUGUGACAUUGGGGUGAGCAAUCGUUCUUACGGAGGAGAAGAGUGCUGUUCAGGUGGGGAACACGGUAUGAGUGCCUUCUGUGAUACGAGUGGUUGCCCUGGUGAAGAGCAUGAUACGAGCACGUUUUGCAAUCCAAGUUCUUUCAACAACGCCCUUCAAAACGCAAAUCCUUUCCAUGGCAAGAGCUGCCACGACACGGACAACCAAUCAAAGGUAGCAGACCCUCCCACCAUAACGUACACAGGUGCCAGUCCAUACACCACCAUAGAACACAACAAGGCAUUGCUAAGAAGAACGUUAAUGAUAGAACACAUCACGAUGGACCGCAAGCACAGGUACAUUAAAACAGUGCAGGAAUACUUCGAUAGCUUGGUGGUGCAGUACUACAAUGCGUUGGGCGAGUGGGAGGUUGAGCGGUGCGUAGGUGUGAAGAGGGAGAUUUUUAAGGUUUGGGGGAUGAUAAGGAAGUGGAAUGAUGGUGUGGGGUAGGGGUUGGUGACGAACAGCGAUACUGGUGAGUGCAUCGGUACAGAAUUGGUACUGUGUAAUGGUGUUGAUAUAAAAAUGGGGUUUUGAUAGGAUUGAUCGUGACAAAGAACGUUAACGAAAUGAACUGUUCAAUACUCGUUUAUUUAUACGGGUAGUAUACCAACAUGGAUGGAAUACUGCGUAAAUGAAUCUUAUUAAGAUUUACUGCUGUUUAUGGACAGAAAUAAAGAUAAAAUUGAUAUGUACUGCAUAAAUGAAUCUUAUUAAGAUUUAC